AUGGCUUACCUAUCUAUCUUCCUCGCUUUUCUUCUAACCCUAUCAACCUUACAUGGCAUCAAUGCAGUCGAGUACACAGUUACAAAUCGGGCUCAAACAACCCCUGGUGGCAUCCGAUUCAAGAACGAGCUUGGAGCCAAUUACACCCGAAAAACAAUGGCUCAGGCAACUAUCUUCUUUUGGGGACUCUUCCAGCAAUAUGCUGAAGCAGACAGAAAGGACGUGCCUCGCGUGUCCUUGUUUGUCGACGACAUGGAAGGGAUUGCCUACGCAAGCAACAACGAAAUUCAUGUAGGUGAUGACUACAUUAAAGGAAUUAAAGGUGGUAUCAAAUGGGAUUUCAAUGGUGUGCUUUACCAUGAAAUGGCACACAUUUGGCAAUGGGAUGGAUCCGCUGGCACAAAAGCUCCUGGUGGAUUGAUCGAAGGGAUUGCUGAUUUUAUGAGGCUAAAAGCAAAUUAUGCACCAAGCAAUUGGGUGAAACCAGGGCAGGGUGACAAGUGGGAUCAAGGGUAUGAUGUUACAGCUAGGUUUCUGGAUUAUUGCAAUGGUCUUAGAAAGGGGUUUGUGGCCGAACUUAACAAGAAGAUGAGGGUUACUUAUAGUGAUAACUUCUUUGUUGAGUUGCUAGGGAAGCCUGUUGAUGAGCUGUGGAGGGACUACAAGGCCAAGUUUGGGAACUAA